GUGAAACUAUUUAACUUCCCAGUGGUUUUAAUGUUUCAGUCUCGGCCACCCCAACGUAUAUUGUAUCAGUCUUUGGAUAUUAACAUUGUCUAGCGUUGUACUAGAAUGGGGAACACUCUGAAAAAAGGAAAGUAUUCUUAUGAAUUGGACCAAUAUUCAAAAGUUCCAUUAACAUCUCUGAGCGAUGACUCUGAUGAUGAAGAUGUUAUUUAUGGACAUAAAGUAGACAAUGGGAAAAUAGAACUUCAACUGAUUCCUCCACAAAAUGGGAAACCACCAACAAAAGCACCAAAACACCAACCAAAAGUUAUACAACCAGAUCCUAAAAACUGGACCAUUAUUUGUUGGGUGACUUGUAUAUUGAUAACAUGUAUAGUAAUAGCAGCAGUAGGGGCACUUAAAUUAUCAGCUGAUGAUAAUACUGACAAUAAAAAAGUUAAUUCAACUGGGAACUUGAUCAAUCAAACAAACCAUGUGAUAUCUCCUCAGCAAUCUAAACCAAACAAAAUAUCUGUGAUUAAACCACCAACAAAAGGAAACAGAAAACAUCCAAUGGGCAAAGAUUGGAAGAAAAAAAUGGAAAAUUAUGGCUCUGAAUCCUGUGUUAGACUUAUAGAUGUUGAUAAUGAUGGUGUAUUAGACAUUAUAUUUGGUGCAUCACUAUCAGAAAAUAUUGGUGAAGGUUUACAAAAAUUGCACACAUCUGCUCAGGAAAUUUGCAAAAUGAAAAAUAUGUCUUAUCCCUGCCUAGGACAUUUGUUUGCUAUAAGAGGUACUGACGGUGAAGUUUUAUGGAAAACAUUUACUAAAUCAGCUGUAAUAUUUAUAAAUUGUGAAGAUUUUGAUGUGAACAAGGAUGGACAGAAAGACUGUAUUGUUACUGGAAGGCGGGCAACUCUUCAGGCAGUAAACCCAAAGAAUGGAAAAAUUUUAUGGCUUGGUGAUAACAAUUUAAUAAAACCAACAUGGAAUACCUACCAAGUAUUAGCAUUACCUGACUUUGAUCAGGAUGGGGUACCAGAAGUAUUGCUAACUAAUGGAGGGGAUCCAGAUAAAGAACCAGAGGAACAUAAUCGUCAUUCAGGCAGACUCCUUGUUUUGUCUGGUGCUACUGGGAAAGUUUUUGGUGUCAGGUACAUAGCUGCUCCACAUAAGAAAGAGAUCUAUAUGUCACCGGUUAUGUAUACAACUAAAGAUGGAUCCCAGUAUGUUUUAUUUGGAACUGGAGGAGAAACUAUACCAGGAGAUCUUCUUAUGAUAUCUGUACCAGAUUUGUACCAUUAUGUAACUGAUACAGACCAUAAUUCUGUAGUCCCAGGAAUAAAUAAAUCUAGCAGUUAUGACUACUGGCAAAGUCAUAUAAAAGAUGAUGUCACUGGAUUAAUUACAGUUGUGAGAGGUAAAAACAAAGGAUACAUGGUCCCUCCCGUCAUUGUAGAUGUGAACAAAGAUGGCGCAGAUGAUGUUUUAGCAUCAGGUUAUGAUGGUACAAUAACUCUCCUUGAUGGACAAGAUCUCACUGAGACAUGGUCAGCUCACUUUCCUGGGAUGGAGUCUUAUACAUCACCUUCCCCUGGAUAUUUUAAUGAUGAUGACACAUUAGAUUUUAUAGUUCAUUGGAGUGUGGGUGCUUGGCCUCAGUACACACUUACACAGAAUUAUAUCAUAGAUGGUAGAGAUGGAUCUAGAAUACUGACUAUGAACAGUUCACAAUACCAGAUGUCUUCUGAUCUAACAUUACAUACAACACAGGAAAACAGAGAUUUGUUUAUCUUCAAAGUACGGGGUAGAGGGAGCCAUAUAACCAUGGACAGGGACAGUGGUUUACAUGGUUUGGAUAGAAUAGAUAAGGGACCACCUCCAGCUCAUAUCCAGGAUGCACAUCCUAAGUCAGGAAGCCAUGUACUUGGUAAUGGGGACCAUGGUCCCAUAGGAAAUCCUCCUAAAGAUCGACCAGGGAGAAUCAAAAGACAUGGACCAGAAGAAGAGCAACACAGAGCCCAAGAAGAACAUCACUAUUUAAAUGAAGAUACGUUGAAAGAAGUAUUCAGUGAUUACAGCAGUCGACACUUCCUUUGUUCAGAUGUUGUGGAUAUCAAGAGUGAAAUAUUACUGAUGGACAGAACAACAAUAAACAAUCCAGUUAGGAUUAUAGAAACAGGAACUGAAAACUAUAACUAUUCUGUUCCAAGACAUGCUAAUGAAACAGAUACAGCUAAUAUUACUAUGUGUAUAGUAAUCAUGCCAGAUGACAGAACUACAGCUGCCGUAGGAGAUGUUGAUGGAGAUGGUUUACUUGACAUUGUAUCGUUAGUUGGUAUGACUGGAGAAACAGUUGACAGUGGGUACAGUUAUAGAAGUUCUGUAUAUUGGACAUAUGUUAAAAAGGUCACCUUGAGUAACAUCAUUGCAGACAAGGAUCACAGGGUUCCUGCCUCAAUUAAGUCUACUGUUACCCCUAACCGAAAGGAUAAAGAUAUUGCUGACAUUGAAAUUUUACCACUCAGUAGACAGAAGUGGACUCAAUACAUGGGGUCAAAGGGCAAUAGUUAUUAUGGAAGGGGUUAAAACAGGAAGGAUGUUUAUCAGCUAAAAUACUUAAGGAAAAAAUUGAAGGGUCUAUGUGCUUGUUUUCGAGAUAUCAGCACUUGAAAAUUUGGUGGGAAGUGAUUCUCUCUAGAUUUUUCAUGCGUUUAACAUUGGCACCUUUUUUCUUUCAAAAACUAUGAAAAAAUAACAAGGAUUUUAUAAGAUUUUUAAAUAUGGCUUUUUAAACUAUAUGUAAUAAAAUAAUAAAAAGAAAAGUAGGGAUAUGCGGGCAAAUUUUUUAUUAGAACUACAUGGAUAAAACUAGAGGAUUCUGAAUAUCUGACAAAAAUUCAAAAACAAUAGGAGCAAACAUCCUUAAAUUAAAUUCUAUCUAAGUAAUUUUCUCUUUUGUUUAUAUAAUAUGAAUAAUGCAAUGGGACAUCCAAGUUGAUUUUUUUUAAAAAGCAUAAUGAAAUGUCACAGAUUUAUAACUAAGGAUUUGGUUAAGUAAUGGUUACAGCACUGUUAGAGGUGAUAUAUUUGAAUUAAACCAGAUUGGAAGGAAACGUGUGGUAAAUAUGCAUGAACCUUUUUGCACGAAGACAUUCUAAUAUUUCACCCUCCCUUUUUACUUUAUGUUUAAUUCUUAUGAGUUUUAUUCUUUAAAAUCAUUAAAAAGUUCUUUCAUACAAGUAAAAAUGAGAUUUAAGAUAGCUGUUUUUGGUUUCAGAGAAUAAAGGUAGAAGGGGCUUAAAUGAACCAGAAACUUAGGCCUGAUUUGGAAACAGUUUUUUCAUAUCCACAUUAAUCUAUUUUUGAAUGAAGGUGGUUGAUGAUUAGACAUUGUCACUCAGUCAUUGUCACCUUACUAAGACCUCUUUUCCAAGCUCUAGUUGAUGAUUAAACCUUGUCACUCAGUCAUUGUCACCUUAUUUAGACCUCUUUUCCAAGCUCUAGUGGUCGUGUAACGUUUCAGGAUUAAAUCUUUUCCUCAGUCAUGAUACAUGAUAGGUCAAAAAUAUUUUGUAUGUAGAUUGGCUGUAAGGAUAAUAUGUCUUGUCUGAAUUAUGUUAUAUUGCUUUAUCUUAGUUUCACAUUUAAGUUUUCAGGUAAAGUUUUUCCAAAAUAUAAUUUCCUUUGCAACUAUACAGGUUAAUGAUAUUUAUCUGCAAUGUUUGUAGUAUUAGAUUCAUUUUAGAAUGAGAUAUUACUUUCUGAAAUGAUAAAAAUAUAUUUGCAAAUACAACUAUCCAAAAAUUUAUCAAUCUGAUUCCAAUGACAAUUUGAUUGGUUUUAACAUGUUUUAAAAAAAUAUAUAAUAUAAUUUAUUUCUGUUUUGUUUUAAAUAUUUCUUUUUUUUUAUGCGUGAACUUUAUUGUUUUCUUUAUGUAGUAUAAUAGUUUAACUGCUGUGUAUUGUUUAUGUAUAUAUAUAUAUAUUUUAUGUGCUUCACUUACAAUCCUUGAAAUCCAAAUCUUUCUAUUCAAAACAUUGAAAUCUAUUUACACCAUUGUUCAAUGUUAAUGAAGUGUGGUGAGAUCUGUUGUUUAUUUGUAUAUGAUAUACUGUUUUAAAGUCAUUUUAUUGUACAUAAUCAAUCAUAAUUUAAACAGACUGUUGAACUGUUGUUAUACUUUUCUUUUGAAGAUUUUUAUCCUUUCAUUCAAAUGUCCGUCCAUUCUUUCCCAAAUUAGUCCCUGCAAAUUAGCCAUAAACCAUUUCCAGUUGUUCUCUCUCUAUGUCCUUCAUUGAUGAAAUCCUUAUGGUAUUUAGAUAAAAGUUUUUUUUCAAGCAAUCUUUAAUUUUGAUCCAUGAUUUGGUUAAAAAUGACAAAAUUUAAUCAAAUGAAUAGUUAUAUGAGUAGCCACAAGCUGUCCGGUUUACAAACAAUGGUAAAAAUUUAACAAUUACUUCCUUUGAUAAAAUAAAUAUAAUUUUUCCGAUCACUCAAGAAUAGUAAAUUUUAAGAAAUGUUCAGAAAUUUUAAGACUACAGUUAAUGGUAAUUGAUUUGAGUCUUUAAAAUUAAGAAUAAAAGUUAAAUUACAUGGGAUAGUAUUAUACAAUAUUUAUAAAAUAAUAUCAUUUAUUAAAGGUUAUUGCAUUUUAUCAUGUAAAUAAAAAAUAGCUUUCCAGGUUUUAUACAAGGGAAACAAUUUUUUACUGAUUCACAUUUGUAAAUAUGUAUUAAAAAAAGACAGUUUGCAAUUAUUCAUAUCAUGUACAAUUUUGCAUUGUAAUUUUUAUAUCUAAUUAUUUUACUGUCUAUGCAGAAUUGAGGUUGAGUACUAGGGGUUUAAUUCUUGGUAGAAAACUUUGGGAACUCCGGCUUCCUCCACCAAUAAAAACUGACCACCAAAAAAUAGCAGAAUAGUGUUGAAAGUGGCAUUAAACACCAAUCAAUCAAUCAAUCAAUCUUGGUAGAAAAUUUUUGCCUAAAUCAUGAUAAUCAGUUAUACUGAUCAUAACUGAUGAAUUUUCAGUAUACUUUUUUUUAUUAUAGCUUUGUUAUUUCAUAAUUGUCAGUAUGAAUGUUUAACUAUUUAUGUUUUUUAAUUCUGAAUCAUGUGUAUGUUUUAAUGUGUAGUGAUUUGGAUUUUGCUAAUUUUUGAUUUAUUGAUCUUCUAUGCAAGAAACUAACUGUGAUAUUUAAUUUCUCACCGACCAUUGGAGACCCUCAUGUAUAGUCAAGGUCGUUAAAAACCCUCUAGUAGUAUUUAUUUUCUAACAAAACUAUAGAAACUGUUUGAAUGUCAUGUUAAGAAAUGUUUUGAAUUAUAUGAUACGGUUCAGCUAGAGAGCUUUAGACAAUUCCUAAACAUAGUUGCAAACUCACAAGUUAUGAUUGUGAAAGCAAAAAUGCAAAACAAACCUUUUUAAACACUUUUUGACAUGUCAAUUAAUUGUUUGAAUUUAGAAACUACUUUCUUAUGUACAGAUGUUAAAGACAGCAACCAAACAACAUAUCAGAACCCAAAAAAUACAAGAGUGAGAAAGUAUUUUGACCCUCAUUUUUCAAAACAUCUUGUUUUUACAUUUACCAUCCAUUUGAUAGUUAUCAAGAAUAAUCUCUGAUGAAAUCAUGAUAUUAAUUUAAAAACACAUUCCAUCAUAUUGAAAUUUCCUGUUUUAUAGGAAAAAUAUAUUGGUUAAUAAAUACAUACUUCAGUCCAACCUCUUUCAUUAACUUCUAGAAAAGAGCAAUUAUAUAAAACUAAAAAGAUAUUUUCUAUAUGUCUAUCACAGAAGUUUAUUUAAAAUUCUCCAUAUGUAAAAAGAUUUGGUCUAACUGUAAACCAACUAAUUUAGUGAUUUGCACAUUGUCUUCAAUCUAUCAAGCUUUGAUCUUAUCUCAGAUGAAUACACCAACAAAGUUGUAAAAACUGUGAAAAUAAACUGCAACAAAAAUUUGCCAUGAAAAGCUAAACGCAAAAAAGAGAUGCAUGAAAAUAAGUUGGUUUACAGUAGAUAAAAAGAUUGUUAUAUUGUGUCCCAAAUAUUUUGAAAUGUCAAGCAAGUGUACUGUAGCAUAAUAAAACCUUUGAAUUUAAUAAGACACUCUACGUUUCAUGAUUUAGCAAUAAGUUUUACCCUUGUCAUCGGUACGUACCAAAAUUAGUUUUCUUUCUUCAACUUUAGUUUGCCUCAACACAAUGUUUAUUAUCACCAAACACUGAUCAAGUUUGGAUUUGGGAAGCGUCACUUUCAUCGUUCUUGAGUUAUGUUCAUUUAUAAAUGGAAAAAUUGGCAAAUUUGCAGUUUCUGCAAUCCAACUUUAUGUUGCCUCAACCAAAUGUUAUGAAACUUAUACACAAUGCUUAUUACCACCAAACUCAGAUCAAAUUUGAAUAUGGGUGGCGUCACUUUCAAUGUUCUAGAGUUAUGUCCCUCUAUAAAUGGAAAAAUUGCUAAAUUUGCCAUUUCCACACACUUACAUUAGUUGUCUCAAAUGCUUAUUACCAAAAAAGACAGAUCAAGUUCGGAUUUGGGUGGUGUCACUUUUGCUGUUCUGAAGUUAUUUGUUGACCAUUUUGACUAUAGUUUUAUUAAUUUUAUUACAUCUCCUGGUCAGAUAUGCCAAUUUUUACAUGUUAAAGGUAGAUGAUGCUUUUACUUAUAUUUUAUGAAAUUUAAACCGUUAGAUAAAGAAAAUCAACAGUAUGAUUGUUUUUUUAAUUUUGUUCUGUGUAUAUAUGUAAAUUUUUAAGCAUAAUAAUGAUACUGGUAAUGUUUUAGAUAAUUUUAUGUGAAACGUUUAUGAAAAUGUGUGAACUGCUUUUUUGGUAAUUAUCAUUAUUUUUAAACAUAAUAAUGUUACUGAUCAUUAUGUUUUAGAUAAUUUUACGUAAAAGUUUCCAAAUUUUAAUGAGAAUUUAUGAAUUGCUAUUUAUGCAAAAUGUUGUGUAGCUUUAUACAUUGAAUCAAAUAUGAUUGUUUUAGUGUUAUACAUGUUUAUUUUCUUACACCUCUAUCGAAAAUGUACCUGUAGUCUUCUUUUUGUAUGUUUUCUACAAAAUAAGUAAUUUCAGAUGAAGUCGUGAAAACCAUUGUUGUUUUCUCUUGAGCAAAAGCACUAUAAAUUAAAAAAAAAAUACAGUUUAAGUUUGAUUUAAAGAAAUAUGAUGACUAUGAGUUAUGAGUUAUUAUUAUUCAUACCCUUUGAAAACUAGAAAAGUAAUCCAAUUUAUUUACUUUUUCCUGUUCAUUGAGUUCUUCUUAUGCAUAAGCCUUAAUUGUUUAUGAGAAUAACUAUGAAUUAGUGAUUAUAGAAAUAUAGAAUAAGUACUUCAUGGCAGCUUUUACAUGACAAAAGGUGAAAUAUUAUUAGAACUGAAAAUCAAACAAGAAAAAAAAAACUAAUGCUUUUAGCAUAUUUCUGCUUAAAAUUGCUUUAAAGUAAAAACCUUGAAAAUUUGGAAAUUUUUAAAACUAUUUAAAAAUGAAGUUCAAUUUUUCAACAUUUCUAGUUUUUCUGUGUUGGAAUUUACACCUUAAUUAAUUAAAAAUUGCUUAAUCCAAUAUUAUUACUGAAUAUACAGGUCAUUUAAAAGAAUUAUACAUACAAAUAUAGGUAAAAGUCUUGAUGCUUAAUUAUCAGUUGACUUUAUGAUAGAUGUAUUUUAAUUUAAUAGGAAAUCCACUUAAUGAAAUUCUUUUCUGUUGGCUGGACCAACAUAAUGUAUAUUUAUACACUUAAAGUGAAGAUAUGAUUGUGUCUAAUUUGUAGCUAUCUAUGUUUAUGUUUAAAUAAAAUGGUCAAUCAGUA